AUGACGAUCAAGAACGAAGAAAGGAUGAGAGUAAGUAUUGUCGAGGAGAGAUCUGAUUUACGUGACUUGACUGCUGCUGCAAUGAAGGCUACGUACAAUACACGGGAACCAGGCGGAGUUGAAAGAUGCAUCGAUUUGUUGAAGCACUUGAAGUCUCUAUCUCUUUCCGUGAAGGAUAUGGAACAUUCUGAAUCAAUAGCUAAGCUGGAGGCUUUGAAAAGUCAUAGGAACCCUAAGAUCCGUAAGGAAGCUCAAGUUUUGUUUCAUUCGUGGUUGAAGACAAUCUACACCCAAGGAAGCGACAACUCUUUCCAAGCUACUCUUACCAAGGCUCGUCUAGAGAGAAAGAAGCCUGUUCUCACAAGGUGUUCGGAGUUGAAGAAGACGGAAGACGAGAGUUCUCAGACUCUUGAAGCGGUAGAGAUUAAGAAAACGAUCAAACUCUCGGAGUUGAAUAAAGAAGAUCAGAGAUCACUGAUUCGUGAAACAGAGAAGAUUAAGAAAGAAGCAAGGAACGAUGUUUUGGUGCUGAAACAGAAAGAGGAUCAUAAAUCUGAGACUUGGGACGAGAAAUAUUUUAAGAAAGAUACAAAGAGUGAUCUAAAGCAGCUUAACAUGAAGAGAAGACGUGUCGCUUUGGAGGAUGGUAAGACGAAGAAGCCACGUGAAGAUAUUGCCUACGUACCAAGUUCCGGUUCAUUGACAAAGAAGACUACAACAGAAAAGGAGCUGAAGAACAAGAAAGUGGAUGAGAUGGUGAAGCUGUUCGAAGCAGCAAAGAAAGCUGCUGAUGUGGCCAACACUAAGGGCAUACUCUCGGGUAAAAUAGAGGCCUCUCGCUGCAUUGACGCACUAGAGUUACUCAAGAAAAUCAAUAUCAGUCCAAAACCUACUGAGCCAAGGAGGAUGAUGGAAAAGCUUGAGGGACUUACAAAGCAUAAAGACCGCAAAAUUUGCCAUGUUGCAUCAGCCCUUCUUCANGAAGCUCAAGUUUUGUUUCAUUCGUGGUUGAAGACAAUCUACAACCAAGGAAGCGACAACUCUUUCCAAGCUACUCUUACCAAGGCUCGUCUGGAGAGAAAGAAGCCUGUUCUCACAAGGUGUUCGGAGUUGAAGAAGACGGAAGAACGAAGAUCUACGUCUCAUGAAGCCACCACCUUUUCGGGGUUGAAGAAUAAAGAAGACGAGAGUUCUCAGACUCUUGAAGCGGUAGAGAUUAAGAAAACGAGAACACUUUCGGAGUUGAAUAAGAAAGAAGUUCAGAGAUCAUUGACUCGUGAAACAGAGAAGAUUAAGAAAGAAACAAGGAACGACGUUUUCGUGUUGGAAAAGAAAGAGGAUCAUCAAUCUAAGACUUGGUACGAGAAAUAUUUUCAGAAAGAUUCAAAGAAUGAUCUAAAGCAGCUUAACAUGAAGAGAAGACGUGUCGCUUUGGAGGUUGGUCAGACGAAGAAGCCAGAGGUGUUAAAGCCAUUUGUUAAGGAAAGCAGAUGA